AUGGGCAAAGCGUAUGACGGCAAGAAGCGGUGGAAUGAGACCAUCCUGGCGACGACGGCGAAGACUUCUGCUGCCGGCGGACGGCAUACCGCUGCGAAGAAGCGCCUUUCAGGCCGCACGCACAAACUAAGCGCAGCAAUGAGACUUGUGGAUGAUGACACACGAAAUGAGGUGCGCAACGCCCGGUUGGACGCAUUGGAAGCUGAUAAUUUCGGUGAAGACGCGGAUGAUGGCGAUGGAACACAAGAUGGAGACGAAGCGUAUGUGGAUGAGGAGGAAGGAGGAACUGUUGCUAGUGCAUCUGGUAGGGAAGUCAUCAGGAAGAAGAGGAGGGUUGUCGUCCCGGGCAAGAAGAAAUGGAAGGUCAAGAGUUUGGCCCAAUUGGUGUUCGAGGAACUGGGUAAUGGAGACAACGCUGAGGGACCAAACUACUUGGCGGCGGCGGCAGGCCCUUCAACACACCCGGCACGGAGAUUUUGCUGCGUAUGUGGGUUCUUUGCCAACUACAACUGUCGACGGUGUGGAUCCAGGUACUGCAGUGUGAGCUGUGGAGAUCAGCAUAAGGAGAGCGGCUGCAUGAAGUUUGGUCUUUGA